AAUAACUUUUUCUAACAAAUUUAUUCAAAAAUAUUUCGAUUCUCGAUGAAAGCACAAUAAUAAUAUUUUUUUCAAACGACUUAUUUCGACUAAAAUAUCUAACGCGAUGUUUUUAAUUUCGAAAAGAUUAACCUGCAUUUUAAAUAAAAAAUGAGCAACAGGUGUCAUCGUAGAAUCGUCUGCGAGUUGUUUCCAGUUCUUCAUUCUGUCUUUUUUCACCUGACAGUAAUCAACACAAAACAAUAUGUUACCUCAAAUCGGAUUAUAGAAUGAAACAAUUUAGUGUCACUCCUAAUUUUAUAAUUAUUAUUCCAAGAUUCCUUUCAAGACAGUUAUAAAAAUGUAUUUAGUCGUAAAAAUUUGUUAUAUUUUUGUUUUAUUUAUAUUAAUUGAAUGUCGAGGAGGAGUUAAAAAGAAAUCAAGAGUGCGUCAGGAUUUUGAGUUCACUCUCCAUGCUUGUAAUUGCAAUGGAAAAUCCAACAAGUGUUUCUUCGAUCAACGGUUAUUUGACAGAACUGGCAGUGGAGGUCAUUGCAUUGAGUGUGAAGAUAAUACUGAAGGAGUCAAUUGUGAGCGUUGUCAACCUCUUCAUUAUAGAAGAAAAGAUGACAAAGAGUGUGUUCCUUGUGCCUGUGAUAGUGUCGGUUCCACCGCAAAUCAAUGUUUGGAAGAUGGCCAAUGCCAAUGUAAACCAGGUGUUGGCACUCGAACUUGUGGAAAAUGUGCACCAAAUUUUUAUGACAUGACAGCUAAUGGUUGCAGACCCUGUGGAUGCAAUCUUGCUGGUAUUGCUCCAGAUGCACCAAGUUGUGAUCCAUCCUUAGGUUAUUGCCCUUGUAAAGAAAAUGUUGUUGGUCAAAGAUGUGAUAGUUGCAAAAAGGGAUUUUUUGACUUACAAUUAGAAAAUGAAUUUGGAUGUGUUGCCUGUUUUUGCUAUGGCCAUUCUAAUGAGUGUCACAGUGCUCCAGGAUUUUAUAAAAAGCCAAUAGAAUCAAAUUUUGAGAGAGAUAAAGAGGACUGGACAGCUGUUGAUUUGAGAGGGCGUGCAAUACCCUUAUUCUAUGAUGCUGAUCUUCAAAUAAUUGAAGUACGUGGACAAGGAGGAGAGUUUAUAUAUUUUAUUGCUCCAGAAUGCUAUUUGGGAAAUCAGAGGGCAUCCUAUAACCAGUUUCUGAGUUUCACUCUAAGGAUUGGGGCAGAGAGUGUGCGAAUCAGUGCCCACGAUGUUAUUCUGGAAGGUGCUGGACUACGUGUCAGUGUGCCCAUCACAGAGCAAGACAAUCCUAUUCCGUCCCAUAGAAUUCAAACCUAUAGAUUUAGAUUGCAUGAAAACCCUAAAUUUGGUUGGACUCCUAGAGUUAGUGCUCUUGAUUACAUAAAGAUCUUAUCAAAUUUGACUGCUAUAAAAAUAAAGGCAACUUUCUCAAGAGAAGGUAUUGGAUAUCUUGAUGAUGUUGUUCUGGAAUCUGCAGCAAAAGAAAGAAAUACUGUUCCAGCCACCUGGAUCGAGCAAUGCGCGUGUCCUGAAGGCUAUACUGGCCUGUCAUGUGAGUUAUGUGCUAAAGGAUAUCGAAGAGAACCUUUGGGUGACAGUCCUUACUCUCGAUGUGUGAAGUGCUUUUGCCAUAACCAUGCUGAUACUUGUGAUCCUGUUACAGGAAAAUGUGUCUGUCAUCAUAAUACUGAAGGUAAUCAUUGUGAACGGUGUGCUUUAUCUUAUUAUGGUGAUGCUCGUGAGGGAACUUCUGCAGAUUGUAAACCAUGCCUGUGUCCUGACAGAGGACCCUGUGUCGUUUUGCCGGGUGGUCAGGUUGCUUGUCAACAAUGUCCUUUAGGUCAUACUGGUCAUCAGUGUGAUAUGUGUAUUGAUGGCUAUCAUGGUGAUCCUUUGGGGAGGUUCGGCCCACCAAGACAAUGCAGAAAAUGUGAGUGCAGUGGAAAUAUAGAUCCCAAUGCUAUUGGAAACUGUAAUACUACUACUGGACAGUGUUUAAAAUGUAUCUAUGACACAUCUGGUUUUAGUUGUGAAAGAUGUUUACCAGGAUAUUAUGGAGAUGCUUUAACCUUGCCUAAAGGAGGUUGCAAACGCUGUAUAUGCUAUCUUCCGGGAACAAUUGAAUCAGAAAGAAGCUCCAACCCAUGUGAACUGACAGGAGGUCAAUGCCGCUGCAAGGCAAAUGUUGUUGGGCGUAAGUGUGAUAAGUGUAGGAAUGGCUUCUGGAAUAUAGACAGCGGACAAGGCUGUGUUGCUUGUGAUUGUGACAGAAUUGGAUCCUAUAACCAAACCUGUGAUCUACGGUCGGGACAGUGUCAUUGCCACCCAGGUGUAGUCGGCCGCCACUGUGAUUCUUGUGCUCCUUACCAUUAUGGAUUUUCUGAAGAAGGAUGUAAAGCGUGUGAGUGUGAUCCUUCUGGGUCCACUUCCUUGCAGUGUGACACAGCUGGUCAGUGUCAAUGCAGGAAUAAUAGAGAAGGAAGAAGAUGCAAUAUUUGUAGAGACAACAAAUAUAGCAGAGGGACUGUUUGCUUAGAUUGCCCUCCUUGUUAUUCACUUCUGGAAGAAGCAAUUGAUCGUUACAAAGAUAAGUUAACUGAGCUUUCCAAACUGAUGGAUGAAUUGAAAAACCAUCCUGACACAAUUGAAGAUUUUGAUUUUGAACGGAAAUUGAGAGAAGCUGAAAGAAAAAUUGAGAAUUUGCUCAGUGAAGCUAAAAGAGCUGCAAUUGCAGAUAGCAGUUUAAUCAAUCAACUAAAUGAUUUGCGCAAGCGAAUCAAGGAGAUUGGUGAAACGGCUGGUAAAAUUAGAGAGCGAUUAGACGAUGGUGAGGAAUAUCGAAGAUAUGGACUCAAUAACAUAUCGUUGGCAGAAAAUAUCAUACAGCAGUCUAAAGAUGCCGUUGCUGCUUCUCGAAAAUAUUUGGAUACUCAAGGUCGUGAUGCCUUUCACUCUGCUUUAGACAGAAAAGACAGAUUGGGGCAGCAAUCUGAAAGAUUGUCUCAGAUUGCAAGAGAAGCACGUCAACUUGCAGAUCAGCAAGAAGAAGAUGCUGAUGUCAGUGACAAUGUUUCUAAUCGGGCUUUGAAUACAUCGAUUGAAGCAUAUCGUCUCGCUCGUGAAACUCUGGAUUCGCAGGAAAAGUUAAGCAGUGAAGUUUUUGACCUUGGGAGAAGGUUAAUUGAAUUGGAUGACUUUGUAAAUAGAACUAAAGAUCUAGCAGAAGAUGCAAAAACUGAAGCCAACACUGUCUAUGAUGAUGCAUUGGGCAUUUAUACGGAUGCUAAUUCUCUAGUAGUGCCAACGGCAAAUGUAGAAACUUUGCAAAAUGAUGCGUCCAGAAUAAAAAUGGAGGCUAGGAGAAUUAAAGCCCAAGCAGAUUCUCUUGCAAAUGAACACAAAAAUACUUUAUCGAGAUUAGAUGAUCAGGCAAAAGAUGGCCAAGGAUUAUUGAAUGAAGCAAUUAGACAACAACAGAUUACAGAUGAAUUGCUUACUGAUACUGAUGCUGCACUUGCCAAGGCACUGAAUGCAAUUGAAUCUGGUGAAAAGAUCUUAGAGGAUGCUAAAGAUACCCUUGAUACACUUAAAGGUUUUGAUCAGCAGGUAAAAGAGAGUCAAGAAAGAGCAAAUGAGACAAUUAAGAGAAUACCUGAAGUCAAAAGAAAGGUUAACGAAGCUGAAAAUAAAACAUUUGAUGCUGAAGAUGCUUUACGUGGCGCCAUCCAAGAUGCUGCAGACGCCAGGGAUAUUGCGAGAGAAGCUAAAAGAUUGGCAGAACAAGCGUCUAAAGAUGCAGAUGGAAUACGCAAAGAGGCUGGACAAACUAAAGAGGAUGCUAAAAGACUUAAAGGUCAAGCGGGAGAACUCACAGAUGACGUGGAUGAUACUGAUGAACGGAUGAAACAAUUUGAAGAUGAAGCCAAAAUGGAUGCAGACUCUUCUGAAGAGGCUUUAAGUAGAGCAAAUGAAGCAAAGACUGCUGCAUUGGAAGCUUUAGACAAAGGAAGAAAUGCCAAAGGAAAAUUAGAUGACAUCUUAGAUGCUUUGGGUGACCUUGACAGUGUGGACAAUUCUCAACUGGAUGACCUAGAGCGAUUGUUAGCCGUUGCCGAACGUGAACUCAUCAACGCAGACCUUGGACCUAGGACUGAUGCUCUAAGAGAAGCUCAGGUGGAGCAGAAGAAGUGGAUGAGAGACUACGAAGAUGAAAUAGAGCAGCUUAAGAAAGAUGUUGCAAACGUAGCCGCUAUCAGAUACUCUUUACCAGAGGACUGUUAUCGUAGACUUGUCCUCGAACCUUAAAACAAUUUCAUACAAACUUAGACAAGAUCUAACUAAUUUUUAAUAGGACUUUUGUUGAACAAACAUGUAUUCAAAUGGUUUAUUGGAAGAAGAUAGUUUCAUUCUGCUAAAUGUUCAGUUGAAACGUAAAUCUUUAGUUUUUUUGUUGUUUCACUAACAGCUACAUUUUGUUGCAAAAGCACCUCCAUUAAGAGAAUUAUAUCAUUCACUUAAAUUAGGUAACUAAAAUGGCAUAAAUUUAAAAAAAAUAACAUUUUUUGUUUUCAUAGAAAUUAAAUACUAUGUAUAUUAUAAUUCUAAUGAAGCUUUUAGCUAAAUUGUGAAACAAAAUUUUAUUUUCAAUUAAAACAAAUAUUUAUUUUUUUAUAUUACUAUGCACUUAUUAUUUUAGAGGUCUAUCUUUUUUCUACAAAUAGUUCACAUUUUUCAACGCUUAUCUAAAAUUUUUUGUAUUUUUGAAGAUCAAAAUUUAAAUCAGAUGUUUUCAUUUACAUAUAUACUUACUUCUCUUGCUUGUGAUAUUUAAUUGAUUUUAAUUGUUAUUAUAUCGUAUUAUUUUAAAGAUGCAAAACAUAGUUUUGAUGUGUUAUGUUUAGUCUUAAUGUAUAUUACCACUAAUAUUAGUUUUAUUUUUGAAUCUGUAUUUUAGGUAUUUAAUAAAAUUUAUAACUUA